GGAACCCGGCUGCCGCCGCUAUGUCGCUGCAGCCGGCCCCGCGGUCGCGGGUAUUCGUGGAUCUGGUUCCGUGGGCUGACGGGGGACGGGAAAACAAGCCGGCGUGUGUGGGAGACGCGGCGCCCUACCCGCCGCCCGCGCAGGCGCAGGCCGUGAGCCGCGAGGUGCACGUGAGCGGCGCGGCCGAGGUGGCGGCGGCUCCCGACCGGGCGCUGGUGGCCGUGCGGGUGAGCAGCACCAAGGAGGCGGCGGCCGAGGCCAAGAAGAGCGUCAGCCGCCGCCUGGACUACAUCACGCAGAGCCUGCAGCAGCACGGCCUGCAGGCAGAAAAUGUAGCAGUGACAAAAGAUUUUAGAAGAGUGGAAAAUGCUUAUCACAUGGAAGCUGAGGUCUGCAUUACAUUUACUGAAUUUGGAAAAAUGCAAAAUAUUUGUAACUUUCUUGUUGAAAAGCUAGAUAGUUCUGUGGUCAUCAGUCCACCUGAGUUCUAUCACACUCCAGGUUCUGUUGAGAAUCUUCGCCGGCAAGCCUGUCUUGUUGCUGUUGAGAAUGCGUGGCGCAAAGCUCAAGAAGUCUGUAGCCUUGUUGGCCAAACCCUAGGAAGACCCUUACUAAUCAAAGAAGAAGAAACAAAGGAAUGGGAAGGCCCAAUGGAUGACCAUCAGUCACCCAGACUCUCAAGUUCAUUGACCGUUCCACAGAAAAUCAAGAGGGCAACAAUACAUGCUACCUCAAGAGUAUUUGUAACUUUUGAGGUAAAGGGAAAAGAGAAGAGAAAGAAGCGGCUCUGACAUGUAGCUGGCAUCUUACAUUUGUAUUUUGUCAGUGUGCUUUUUUUAUUAUUUCUUUUUGUUCUGAACACAUAUAAUCUGUCACUCUUUGAAUACAGUCUCAUAAAGUACUUAUAUGUACUUUCUGGUUUCUCAAACUUACUCUGAGAAAUACUCUUGGGAAAUAAAUAUGUUUUAUAUAUACUUUUUAUAUACUAACAAGUCAUACAAGUUCAGGUAUAACAUUUUUACCAUAAGGAACUAUUGAGACUUUUAUUUCAUUGUUCUCUUAAGGAGUUUUAGUCUUUUUCAACUGUUUGUACAUGUAACCAAGUUUUAUAUAAAAACUAGUCUUCAACAAAUGUUUUAAAUUGUGAGAUAAAAAUUUUAGAUAUGAUAAAGAAUUCUUGUAUCACAUCAAACUCACCACUUCUGUACAAGUGAUGAUGGGAACCUGUGCACGACUCUGGGCAUGUGCGCUGGGUGCUGUGGCUGUUCCAUGGAUGCGGUGGAAGACAAACUGCUGAGCCCAAGCAAAGCAGCAGCAGCGAGCACAGUGGAGGCAUAUUUUCAUUGGUUUCCCUGGUCCUCAUUUCCGUGGGGCAACACAAUGUGGCCACACAGACAUUCAGUGUCUGCCAUGGCUGAACACUACUGAACUGUGAAGAUUCCCUAGUUUUUGUCAUGAAUGGAGACAAAUGUUCUCUUUGUCCUGGAAAGAGGCUUUGCCUCAAACAUGUUUGCUGCAAACUCAGUGUUGAGAAAUGGACCCAGUAAAGUGUCUUACAUUCUUGCUAUACCUGACAAGAAGUGUAGGAAUGUAAGAUUCAUGCACAACUGUCUCUCAUAUAUUGUUAAGAUGCAGACCAGCAUCUCCAGCUAUUCUUUCUAUCUAUCUCCCUCUCUCUGUCUCUUAAAUAUAUAUAUUUAAAUUAAAUUUUAUUAGAUGUACGCAUA